AAGAUUGAGAUAGAGAAAAUUUUAGGUUAGGAUUUAAAAAGUGAAAAAUAUUGUAAACGUGAUAAUAUUUCUCAAACAUGUGAUUAUCAAAUAGUGGUUAGUUUUAUCAAUUUUCUUCACUGUAUCUAUCUUCGCCAAUGAGUUACAUGUAAUCAAUUCAGUUCACCAGUUAAAUUCGGAAAUAAAAUGCGGAAUUUAAAGCUCAUCUCCAGCUGUAUCACAGAAAACAACAUCCUUAAAGGAGCGGAGUGUUUUUGUGUUGGUGCUAAAAUUGACGACUUUACGGAGGUUUCCGAGAAGAAAGAAUUUAAUGAUGUACUUUUUGUUUAUUGUAAUCAUUGCUUAUAUCACCUUGAAGACAACGGUAAAACUUGCAAUGAAUUGUAUAACUUUGAAACCUACUAUAGUACUACACAAAAUGUCAAUUACACCUCGGUUAAUAUCGAGUACAACCAUAUCAACGAUUCAAUUAUUGUUGCUUUACAAAACGGCGACAUAUUCUCGUUUGAAUUACAAACUAAAACAGUUGAUUGUAUCGGUAGUGUAGAUGGAGGUUUAAAAUCAAUCGGCUUUUCCCCAGAUUUGGAGGUAUUAGUGAUAGCUACAGGUAACAACACACUGAUCCUCAUGGAUGGGUUAUUCAAUCCGAUAGGUGAGGUUAGUUUAAACAGUGCGGAACCAGUUGAAAAACAGAUGGUGAACGUGGGUUGGGGUAAAAAAGAAACACAGUUCCAUGGGUCUGAAGGUAAGGCAGCUAGAAUUACUAAAACCAUACAUGUAAAUCUGGAUGUCGAGGAUGACCAUAGAGUUAGAAUCACUUGGAGAGAGGACAGCUCACUAUUUGCUGUCAGUUUUUGGUGCCCAGUUGAAAACACACGCAAAAUCAAAAUCUAUAACAACGUUGGUAAACUACAGUGUAACAGUGAGAGUCUCCCAGGGUUGGAACAGUCCAUAUCUUGGAGACCUUCUGGGAAUCUCAUAGCGUUUGGACAAACCCUCCCCAACAAGCAUGUGAUAGCAUUUUUGGAGAAAAAUGGACUACGCCACGGUGAAUUCAUUCUUCCGCCAAACCUUCACAUAAAAGAGAUCAGCUGGAAUAUUAACUCCACCAUAAUGUGUCUUGUUUGUGAGAAACGUGUGCAACUCUGGAUGAUGAACAACUAUCACUGGUAUCUAAAACAGGAGAUACAUUUCACCACAGAUAUCAUCCAUACAAAAUGGCACCCAGAACAUAAGUACGAAUUGAUCCUGUUACUUUCAGAUGGAUCUUUUCACACAUACUCUUGGAUAGUGACAGUAGAUAGGUCGGUUGGUGCUGAAGAGAAAGACAGAGCAUGUGUGGCAGUCAUAGAUGGUAACAAAAUACUGUUAACAUGCUUCAAACAGGGUAUCAUCCCCCCUCCAAUGGCUACCUACACUCUAAACUUCAAUUGCGCUGUGAAUUGUGUUGGAUUUCUCCAAACAACAACAAAAACUCAAGAAACGUCAGAAAAUCAGUGGAAAUCUACCACAAACGAUUUUAUUGUACUCCUGAGUGACAACACGUUCAGUAUGGUUGUGGUGGGGGUUUCGACAUCACCUACAGCUCACCCAAUCUGUGUUUCAACAAAAUUCCCUCAAACUUCCUGUCUACGUCAUUUACUAUGGACAUCCCCAAACACUGUUUUACUCUGUGUAGAUCAACCCCACACACCUCAAGAGCUCUACAAAUUCAAUCUAAAACAGUUUGAUUUGAAUUUGAUGAAACAGAUACCACUAGAAUUCAACGUGCACACAAUUUGUAGCACAUCAUCAAAACCUGACAAUGUUGUUGUACAAGGUGGGGGUGGUUCUGUCUAUAAUUCUAGUCUCACUAAUGAUUUUGAGUAUAAUGUGGUGGUUGAAGGUUUGGAGCAUCUCUGUGAUGAGAUGGGGAUUUGUGAAGGGAAAAAAAGGGAAGAUACUGUGGUAACACUGGACAGUUGGUAUCACCUGUACUGUCAGGGAGAGUUAGUAUCCAGUAAAGCUACCUCCUUCUUUAUACAAACACCUUACCUGAUAUACACAACUGACGAACAUGAGUUGGUAGUUCAUAGAAUUGUGGAGACUUGUAGGAAAAUAUCAACGAGACGGUUGGAGAGAGGAGCUCGUAUUGUAACAGUGUUCAAUGAUACAGUUGUGCUCCAGUUGCCGAGAGGAAAUCUCGAAACGAUACAACCCAGAGCGUUGGUGCUUGAUACAGUAUCAAGUUUGCUGGAGAAACUAGACUACAGGGAGGCAUUUGCUCUAAUGCGUAGACAGAGGAUACAUUUGAAUUUGUUUGUCGACCAUCAUCCACAGGUUUUUCUGAUGACUGCUGCAAAAUUUAUUCAACGCAUAAACGACCCCAAUCAUUUGAACAUAUUUUUGUCAGAGCUCAAUGACAAGGAAGAUGUUACACGCAGUAUCUACAAGGAUUUUUAUGAUCAGGAAAAACGACCCCCUGUUUUGAACAGGAAACUCCAGACUGUGUGUAGUGCUUUAAGGGAGGCCAUGUUGUCUGAGGGCGGGGGAGAACCCACUGAGAAGUAUCUGCUCCCCAUUUUGACUACUCAUGUACGAGUGGAUGAAAUGUCUGAAGCAUUAAAGAUGGCUGCCACAUCGGAACAAGCUCUACGCCAUUUGAUAUUCUUAGCAGAUAUCGACAAACUCUAUGAUAAAGCUAUAUCUCUGUAUGAGGUUGAUCUAGCUCUGAAAAUAGCGGGGGAAUCCAAGAAGGACCCUAAAGAAUACAUUCCCUACCUGAACAGUUUGAAGAAUCUGGACCCGACUUUCAUGCGGUUCGCGAUUGAUUGUCAGUACAAGAACUACGAAUCAGCUUUGAGGAAUAUCAGUAAGAGUGCUGACAGUGCACAUUUUGAAGACGCGCUGGAUCUUAUACAGAGGACUGCUCAGUAUCCUCUGGCGCUUGACUUGUAUCAUGCUGAUUUGCAACGCUACAAAAUAAUUGCUGAGAGGUAUGCUGAGUAUCUGGUCGAGUGCAGAGGUUACGAAGAAGCGGCUCUCAUGUUCUCCAGGUGUGAUGAUCUAGAGAGAGCGCUCACCUGCUAUGCAAAGUGUGGACUGUGGAGGAAUGCGGUUACUAUGGCUAGGAAAUUACAUUAUAGCACAGAUAAACUGAAACAGCUGGGAGAGCAGCUAUUCUCAGGUCUAGUGUCUCAGGAGUUGUGGGAAGAUGCCGCAGAUUUGGCCAGAGAUGUUUUGGAUGAUGACGAGCGAGCUAUAGAGUGUCUGUGUGAGGCCAAACUGUGGAACAAGGCCUACUAUCUGCUUAACAAACAACAGGACAAUCAAUAUCCUGUGAGCAGACUACUGGACGGUUUGACAUCUAGCGCCAAUGCAACACUGGCUAACUUGGAACAUGAAUUGGGUGAAUUGGAAAGGUUUGCUAGCAGAUUGACCCAAGUUAGAGCCAAGAAAGCGGAGAGGGCACUAAUGCAGCUGUCAAAUGAUAUAGAUAUCAACGAUUUACAAUCAGAAAUAAGUAGCAGUACAUCCUCCUCAUGGUCUUCGAGAAGUUCAGGGUAAUUAAUUAAUUAUCUAAUUAAUGUAAUUAUUAAUUAUGUAAUUUACAUUUACAUUGUAAAC